AUGUCCGAACUGCGGGCCCGUACCCGCCCCGCGACCACACCCGCACCUGAUCCUCCCGCUUCAGCAAUCCCCACAAACCCCCGCCUCUCCAAAAAGGCCGCCCAAGCACCAACUCCCCUCAUAACCUCCGCCGCCGCAUUCGCCCUCCUCCUCAUCCCACGCCUCCUCUCAGCCCGCUACGCGACAAUCCCCGACUGCGACGAAGUCUUCAACUUCUGGGAGCCCGCCCACUACCUCGCGCACUCGCACGGCCUGCAGACCUGGGAAUACUCGCCGGCCUACGCCAUCCGCUCAUGGGCAUACAUCCUCCUGCACUCGGCCCUCUCGCGGCCCGUGUCGCUGCUGCCGGGCGUGGGCAAGCGCGCAGAGUUCUAUGCGCUCCGUGCCGUCUUUGCAGUCGUGUGCGCGUACGCGGAGAGCAGGCUGUACCGCGCGGUGGCGGCGCGGCUGGGGCGCGGCGUGGGCGCGCUGUAUCUGGCGUUUGCGGCGGGGAGCGCGGGCAUGUUUCAUGGCGCUGUGGCGUUCCUGCCCAGCACGUUUGCGAUGUAUACGGGCAUGAUGGCGGCGGCGGGGUUCUUGGAGGGCGCGGUGGUAGAGGGGGUAGUAUGGACGGCGGUAGGCGCGGUGCUGGGGUGGCCGUUUUGUGCGGUUAUGUGUGUGCCGUGGAUCUUGGGGGCGCUGGUGACGGGCGUGGUGGAGGGGAGGGUGGUGGGUGUCGUGGGGAGGUGUGUUAAGGGGGCAUUGUGGUCGGUGGGGGUGUUGGCCAUAAUCGUCGCCAUCGACUCCGCCUUCUACCGCAAGCUCGAGAUCGUCCCGCUCAACAUCGUGCUCUACAACGUGUUCAGCGACGCCUCGCGCGGGCCAAACAUAUACGGCACCGAGCCAUGGCACUUCUACCUGCUCAACCUCACCCUCAACCACAAUAUCCUCCUCCCGCUCUCGCUCGCCGCCCUCCCCGCGCUCGCCCUCUCCGCACUCCUUGCCAAAACCCCCGUCACGCGCCGCGAGAUCACGGCAACGCUCCCGUACUACAUGUGGCUGGCCAUCUUUACGCUCCAGCCCCAUAAGGAGGAGCGGUUCAUGUUCCUGGCAUACCCGAUGCUGCUCGUCAAUGCCGCGAUCGCACUCACCCGCGCGCUCGACGUCGUGGGCGCGCUCCUCCCGUCAAGGGUGCUCAGGAGGGUGUUGGCGGCGGCGGUGGUGGCGCUGACGACGCUGCUGUCGCUGUCGAGGACGCUGGCGGUCACGACGUCGUAUUCGGCGCCGCUCACCAUCUAUAACAGCCUCCCCGCGGAUGCAACGGGUAAUCUGUGUGUUGCGGGCGAGUGGUAUCGCUUUCCGUCGCACUACCUGCUGCCAGAGGGGGUGCGGGCCAAGUGGCUGGUGUCGGAGUUCCGUGGGCUGCUGCCGGGCGAGUUUGUGGAGGCGGGGUGGGAGGGGACGUGGAGGGUGCCGCAGGGGAUGAAUGAUAUGAAUCGGGAGGAUGUGGGCAAGUAUGUGAGCCGCGGGGAGUGUGAGUACAUUGUGGGCCUGGGGGAGAGGGAGAGGGGGGUGGUGAUGGCGGAGGGGUGGGGGGUGGUGGUGGCGAGGGAGAGGUUCCUGGAUAAGGAGGGGACGGGGCUGGUGGGGAGGGUGUUUUGGGUGCCCGGGUGGCUGUGGGAGGGGAGGAGGUGGGAGGAGUAUUGGGUUGUGAAGAGAGGGAAGGGGGGCGAGUGA